CGGAAGUCCUUGCUGCUGGGGCUUGUUGACUGUCGAAAAUUUUCACUCGACAAUCAGUCAAGUUUAUCGGGCGCCUUAGUUUAGUUGAAAGAAAUCGCGCGGCGCCAAGCUUAGAAAGUCGCAAGCCAGGUGAAAUACAACUAACCAGAAGAAAAAACUAAACACAACGAAAAAAGGAAAUAACCAGAUUUUUGGAGAAAGUAUACAAUAAUAGGGCGAGAAUUGCGAACGAAGGUGUGAAAUGUGGUGAAAAAUAAAGUGUACAUUCCCUAACCGUUAUGGCAGCUUCCUCCAAAAAAAUAGAGGACUUAGGGAAGGGCUUUUUAGGCUGCGGGUGUAACUUAUUUGGAUUAAAAUUAAAAUCGAAGCCCGUCUGCAGUGUAAUAAGAAGGGUGUACACACACCCCUCUGCUCGCAGCUAUACAAACAAAAUCAGAACGCAUUAUAACGAACCUUGAGCAAAUCAACCUUACCCACACAAGCACAAACAAACACAUGUACGCGCAUACCUAGACGUGAAAAGGAUUUUCUAUAAGGAAAAAAAAAGGAGCUGUUGUUACACGGUCCGUCAGUCGAAAUAUUCGGCAAUGGGGAAAGGAAACGGCACUCAAAAAAAGAGGAAGCAGUGAAUGAGAGAGGGAGAGAGAGAGACAGAGAGCCGGAGAGAUUCUCCUAUUACAGUUACCGUGGUUUGUGCGGGUGUCGAAUGCGGUAGAAAAAUGGAUAAUUUAUUCAUAUUUGGGGCAAGAGGUUUGAGUAGGAGCCGUCCCGCUUUAAUUUUGACAAGUCAAUUUCAAUUUUCCCCCAAAAUAGAAAACUCAAUUUUCUCUAAUUAACGUUCAACGGAAAUUGACUCUGGAUUCGAGUAGCGGAAGAGGAGCAUUUUGCAAGCAGGAUAUUGGCGUUUUGGGGAGGAGGAGAAAUGUGGCUCACAUAAUUUUCACGACGUCUUUAAAUAUUUUACCAGCUUUGUUGUCUAAAGUGCGCUAAGCAUAUUCGCAGGGAAGGUGUCUAAAAUUAGUUAGCUAAAGAAGAAUGUCAAGAGAUAAGAAUUUGGCAUGUCAAAGACAAUUGUUAUCAUACUUUAUUAUAGAGCUUGACCAGUAAAUAAAAUGCUCUUGUCCACCUUAUCACCAAGUAAUAUUUAUAAAUUUUUUAAAAAUAUUUAAUCAAUGCAAUUCUAAUUGCAAACCACUGUGCGAUACCCCACACAGACAGAUACACACCGACUUACGUGCAUACGGGCAUACUCACCGCUCUCACACAAGGACGCUUCCGCCUUGCCUCUCGCAUACACACAUACAAACAUUAACUUCCUUUGGAAUGGGGCGAAGGGAGGCGCCAUGAAGCAGCGCUAAGACUCAAAUUUACCGUUAACGCGAGUUUGUAUUUUCACUUGCUUCCGAUUGUGCUCCUUGUGUUUGAGUUUGUGCUUCGCUGUGCUUCUAUUUACCCAAGCGUCGUCUCCCAGUUUCCAGGACCUCCAAACAUCAUAAAUAAAUAAGCCAAGGAAAUGGUUUCGCUUCAUUCAUAAGCCAGAAAGCCUGGAGACGGCCGCCGAUCAACGAAUAAUUAAACGGAAUCCCGAGGACCCAAAGGAGCGGAAGGUAUAGAAGUGUAAUAUCACCAUGCCUGAGGAGAAGGAGGGCAAUUUGGAGAAUGGUCAGGCGACGGCUGCCUCGACGCCUAGCAAAUCGAAGCCGCAGCGUCAGAAGACAACAUCCCGCCGCCGUCAAAACGACAGCGAUGUGGCCGGUGGGGUUGGAAUUACCGGCGGCGGAGUCGUCAUCUUGCCGCAGCACGUGCUUAACGAACUCUACCACAACUACUCUAUCAAGCAGCGACGCAGCGGCUUAAAGUGGUUCCUCUUCGCUGCCGUGCUGUUUAAUAUCUGGACCAUCGGAAUACCCUGGGAUCAGGCGGUGCCCACAAGAGUGGUCAACUGCUGUAUGCUAGUGGCGUACUUGGCCCUAACAGCUCUACUCCACAUUGGUAGACGUUCCGAGCAACCGGCGUUGAGGCGGUUCCACCAAAUACUCCUGACGAUUGUUCCACGAGCACUGUGGCUACUAAGUAUUCUACACUUUGCCGCCUACGUAAUCCUACAACCCAGCUUCUCCCCAAGGGACGUUCUAGGAUGGGCCAUAUUGCUUAACUUCCUUGUCUAUGUGACGUUGCCGUUGCCAUUAAUUUUCCUUGGUCUGUCCAUAGGAUGUGUCACGUAUUUUAUUUGUCUUAGCCUGCCAGUGGGUUACUCUCGCUGGGACUCCCUGCUCUCAAAUCAGUUGGCGGCCAAUGCGGUUUUAAUAGCUACUGCCGCGCUGAUAGGGCUCCUGUACUACUUCAUGGGCGAGGCUAAGCAGAAACGAGCAUUCUUGGAGGCCAAAAAGAGCCUCGAGGUGAAAAUGGUUAUCGAGGAACAGUCAGCUGAGCAGGAGCGUUUGCUGUUGUCCGUGCUACCCAAGCACGUGGCUAUUAAGAUGCGGGAGGAUUUGGGAUCAUCUAGUUCGGAGGCUUUCAAAAAAAUCUACAUGAGUCGACACGAGAAUGUGAGUAUUCUAUAUGCGGAUAUCGUUGGUUUUACCGCCAUCUCGUCGACUUAUAGCGCCCAAGAUUUGGUUAAAAUGCUUAACGAGCUCUUCGCACGCUUCGAUAGGCUCGCCGAGAAAUAUCAACAAUUGCGCAUUAAGAUUCUUGGGGAUUGCUAUUAUUGCAUUAGCGGUGCCCCCGAUGAGCGACCGGAUCACGCCGUCAUGUGCGUGCACAUGGGACUCUCCAUGGUGAAGGCCAUCAAGUAUGUGCAGCAGAAGGCCAACUCACCUGUUGAUAUGCGUGUGGGCAUUCACACGGGAGCGGUGCUCGCCGGCAUUCUCGGCCAGCGACAGUGGCAGUUUGACGUUUACUCCAAGGACGUAGAGCUGGCUAAUAAAAUGGAAUCGAGCGGCAAGGCUGGACGCGUUCACAUUUCGGACAAAACGCUGGCCUUCCUUAACGGCGAAUUUGAAGUGGAGCCCGCCUUUGGCGAGAAAAGGGAGGAGCUGUUGCGCAUCGCUGGACUAAAGACUUACUUCAUCACCAAGGUGGUGAAGCCGUUUGCAUCGCCAUGUGCCAAGAAAAUCAGUGAAACUCAAGCUGAAAACUCUCACCACAGUCCUAAUGGAUCGGCCAUCGACGUCGUGGCAGGUGAAGAUGACAACGACGCCACAUUGGAUGAUGAGGAGCUUCUGGCGCAGAACUUUGUAUCUAAUGGGCACCAAACAGCGGUGGCGGAAGAUGAAGAAGAGCAGGUGAAAUUGGAGAACUUCAAGCAACGAUUGAAAGACGAACUGGUGACCCGUGAUGGACAUGAGAACCUGACCAAGGACACCAACAUAUUCUUGCGCUUUAAGAACCCGCAACUGGAGCAAUCCUAUGCCGUGUACAGAGAGCCGUAUAGUUCUCUUCCGCUUCUUGCCGCUCUGCUGGUGCAGUGCAUCGACGUAUUAUACUCCUAUUUAGUUCUGCCGAGAUCAACGCUCCACUUCAUUAAUAUUGCUGCUCCACUGGUACCGAUCGCAAUGCUAGUUGUGAUUAGCAUCGCCGAGAGCUUCAGCGGAAUGCUGCCCAAGUUUUUUGUGGACGUGAGCAAGCGCUUCAAUGACAUUACCUUCGUUCGGGAGCUGGCGGCCAUAAUUAUUGCUCUCACCAUAGGGCUCAGCAAUGUCAUAGACAUGUUCUUCUUCGUUACCUUCGUGCGCACCGAACAUAUUGUGAGUGAAAGCGAAUUCAAUGCCACGGCCGGCGUGGAUAGCGAGGUGGACGUAGACGUGGAGAUGGAGGGGGUGGUAACCGCCGAGCACCUGCUGCCCGCAUCAUUUGUGGAACAAAUGCGCGAGGCAGUGCCGACGGAAAGAGUUCUAUAUCCGUCCUACUUAAGUAAUUUUGGAGUACUUAUAUUGAUUGCGAUAGCCGUAAUUGCUCAACUCACUCAUCUUACGAAGAUUUUGCUGCUGUUAUCCAUUGCAGCUCUGCAUUGCUACUUCAACAUAUUCAUCAUGCAGGACCUUUAUGCUUUGGAGGACGAUUUUGCACAUCAACCAAUCAUAUCUACGCGGUAUUGCGCUUCAGGGCUUUUACUGGUUGCUGCCUUGGCGUUAAGCACCUUGGCUAGACACAUGGACCAUGAAGACAGAGUCAUUUUUAAAUGGAAAACCGAGGUGGCCGAGCAAAAAGAGACAGCAAACGAUAUGCGCCAACGUAACGAGGCUUUGGUCUAUAAUGUCCUACCAGUCCAUGUGGCAGAGCACUUCAUGAAGAACACUAAACGAUCCCACGAUGAUCUAUACUCCCAGAGUUACGCUGAGGUUGGCGUUUUAUUUGCCAGUAUGCCAAACUUUUCGGAUUUCUAUUCCGAAGAAACAGUAAAUAAUCAGGGUUUGGAAUGUCUACGCUUUCUCAAUGAGGUUAUCUCAGAUUUUGAUGCAUUAUUGGAGCUGCCACAGUUUCAGGACAUCAUCAAAAUCAAAACCAUUGGAUCCACAUACAUGGCCGCUAGCGGCAUAAACCUACAGAGGAACCUCCGCAGUGAUGCAUCCAUCACAGAACGCUGGUCCCACCUGGCCGUUUUGGUGGAGUUUGCAUUGGAACUGAAGCACGCCCUACAGGGCAUCAACGAGCAGUCGUUCAAUCACUUCGUCCUCAAGAUGGGCAUCAAUCAUGGACCGAUAACGGCGGGCGUAAUUGGAGCCCGUAAGCCGCACUACGAUAUCUGGGGCAAUACGGUAAACGUGGCAUCGCGCAUGGAGAGCACAGGAAAGGCAGGCGCCAUUCAGGUCACAGAGGAAACAUGCAACAUACUACAGCCUUUUGGCUACACAUUCCUUCAGCGAGGUCUGGUUGCUGUCAAGGGAAAGGGACAAUUGAUGACAUAUUAUUUGCAGGGUAAGUCCCAGUCGAGUGCUGAGCAAGUAGCGCCUGCCGCCGUUGAGCUCCAUGGGCAGGAAUCAUCUGCUCUGGAAUCCACCACCGAAUUAGAGGCCUCCGACAUUAAGACGCCUUUGUUGAAGAUCAAGGUCCCGGAGGCGUCCGCGGGCUGUGAAGGAAUCGCCCAGGAGCAGAGCUUGGGAAAUGGCAUGGCUGUCCAAGCGGGGGUCGGGGAAUCCCAUUCUUUGCUAGAAUAAUUUGCUAAUUGGCUUUUUAUUUGCACUUGAGUCUGUGUGGGAGUGUUUCUAUGAGUGUGCAUGCGAAAAGGUGUGAAUGUGUGUGUGGCUGUGUCAGAGAACAAAAGUUAACUGUUAUAAAGCUGUUAUACUUGCUAUAAAUUUGGUUUUGCCUCAGUAUUCGUGUGAUAUUCUAUGCCAGGUGUAGCAAUUUAUGAAAAAAAAUAAAGCAUAAUUCCGAUUUAGUUAAAUUUAUAAAGUUGCUUUCCAAAAGUUUGUAAACUGUGUACCUAAAAAGAAGAAAUAUAUUUAGUAUUUAAAUAUAUUUGACUACGACUAAGUAUUUUCGGUUAUUGUGAAUCGGUUUUUGUUUCAAACAAAAUUGUUAUUUGAUUUCCACGAACUGUAAUAUACUAAUAAGUGAACCACUUUGCUUUAAAAAUUAAUUGAUGUGUAGUUUAGUAGGUCACCAGAAACAACCAUUUUGCAUCUCAAUGUGUAAAAUAUAUAUAUAUGCGCAUAAACUAUGGAACACUAAUAUAAAUAAUAAAAAAAACGCUAAUAGGCCCUAAUAAUAUAGAGAGUGAAUAUUAGUUGAGAAUCCGAAUCCCACCACAAACAAAUGCAACCCACAAGUCAGUCCAAUAAGCAAAUAAAAGUAACGAUAAAAAUUAGUUAACGAAAUUACUUAAUAAUAGAAAACGCAAUAGAAGUCAAGCUGGAAUGAAAUAAUCUUGUACGUCAUCAACUAAUAUAUACAUAUAUACACACCUUCUUAUAUAUAGAGGUAUAUAGAUGUAAAGAAACUUAUAAAUGGCAUCGCAUGCUUGUUAGAACAUUUCAACGAAUUAGCAAAGAAACAACAAACGAACUUACUUAUCAAGCAUAACGAAAACAUGAAACUUAACUUGGUCUAAAAUCUGUUUUAUGCGUAUGUCCAUCAGCCUAUAGAAUUCCCACAUUAAUUUGUUUUCUUUGAUGGCUAAAAGCAUGACAAUCAAGACGAACGAAACGGUAUAAAUGAUUGGUUUAGCUUCCAAAAUAUUCAAUUCCUUUCCACUUGUUAAAUAAACACUACAAAACUUUAUUAAACAUUUAAUUCUAGCCAAAGGGUGUGGUGAUUUUAAAAUUAUUUUUUUCCAAUUUGGGAUAUCCUAUCAUUUAAAAAAGAUGAUUACCUAAAAUGUAUCUAUAAUUGGAAAACAAAAUACCAAACAAUUAGCAAAUUAUAGAGAAAUAAAUAAAAUAAAUAAAU